AUGGCCAAAGUCCCACGCAACUUCAGGCUCUUGGAAGAGCUCGAGAAGGGUGAAAAGGGAAUCGGCGAUGGAAGCUGUUCCUACGGUCUUGAUGACGGCAGCGAUCUCAUGAUGUCCAACUGGAACGCAACAAUCAUCGGCCCGGGUCACUCGGUCUACCAGAACCGCAUCUACUCGCUCAGCAUCCACUGCGGUCCCAGCUAUCCGGACCAGCCUCCCGAGGUCAAGUUCCUCACAAAGAUCAACCUGCCUUGCGUCAAGUCGGACGGCCGCAUCGACUACAACGCUCUGCCCAUCUUCUCCAACUGGUCGCGCGACAGCACGAUCGAGACCAUCCUGCUGUCCUUGCGAAGAGAGAUGGCUUCGCCUGCCAACCGCAAACUCCCGCAACCUGCCGAAGUCAUGAGCGCGCCAACGCCAAACCUGACCGCUGUGCCAGCGCUGGACCACCCCAAAGCUGCCGAAUCGAUCGAUCACGCGAACAAACCGGUGAUCGUCAAACACAGCAAUGCUUCGCCGGCGAUCGAGCAACGCAUGCUGAAUGUCAUCGCCACGGCUACAGCUCACGGCAGCUGGGGUGAGACUUGCUUUCUCGUCGAGAGCAAGGCUGACGGCAAUGCGUAUGCCUGCGUUUACGCCAGUCUGGACCUUCUUCGCGCCAGCAAUGCGGUUGAGCUGCUGGAUCAUGUCGAGAAGCACGGCUGCCCGACUUUGGACGCUGCUCUCAAGGCGCUCCUCGGAAACAAGACCGGCCCACCUGUUCAAACCAACAAUGGUGACAACAAGGGCAUUCUGCGUAACCCACAAAGCUUUCCCACAGGCGGAGUGCGGUAUGUUCCCGUCAGCAACAUUGCGGUGACGACUCUGCGGGCGGUCAUCAUGUUCUUGCAAACGGGACACAUUGCAUUCGCGCCUCGCAGCAGCAAACUCAUCGAGGACGAUUCGAGCGCAAGCAACUAUGAGGGCCCAGCACUUGUCUCUGCGGAGGGAGCGAAGGUGCAGUGGCCCUUGUCGAUGCAGGCGAGCGCUAAAUCGAUCUAUCAUGCUGCAUGCAGGUUCGGCCUGAAUGACCUGCGCGAGCUGGCUGAAAAGACGAUCGAGAGCCAGGUGGAUGCAUCCAACAUCCUGGCCGACCUGUUCAGCCGCUUUACGCUCAACCAUCCGGACCUUCGAACCAAGAGGCUCGAGUUCGCCAUCUCGCACUGGGACGACAUCAAAAAGCACCAUCGAACCGGCUUUGCCGAUGCCCUCUUCAGCCACGCCGAUCGACCGGGCGCAAAGGACGUCAUCGACCAGAUCCUACAGCGCACCUCCAUCGCUGCUGCUGACGGCCAGUAA